AUGUUAGUAACUGUUGGUAUGUCUGCCACUUCUGAGGACAUGAUAAGUAGAGGAAGCAAGAUGCAAGAAAACGAUAAGAAAUGUAGGCGUGAAUUACGUGGUGCUCUUCCACCAGUAGUUUACAAUUAUGUAAGAGGAUGUGAAACUGCAAAGCAAAUUUGGGAUACACUAAAGGAGAAAUAUCAUGGAAAUGAGAAGACAAUUGUAGAUUAUUGGUUUUCAAUCGUGGCAAUGGCAUUUACGUUGUGCUUGGUGUAUUUGUUAUCCUCAAAUUUGCAGGUUUCGAAUGGUUUCGACGAGUUAUUACGACAAAUAGUGAUUGGAACAGGCUCCAAUGAAGAUCCGGGUUUUCGGUCGAAAUUAGUGUUCUCGGCCGAAAUCUCAUAUUUGACUAAAACCGCUUACGUUUGA